UUAUUAUUAUUAUUACUCUAAUUGUAGUAAUCAAUUUAUCAUUUAUGAAUAAUUAAACCAAAUUAACCAUCUGUCAUUAUCAACAAUUAAGGUUAUCCAACCUAAUGAUUAGAUGAUUAACCAAAUUACGAAAAAAUUACCAUAGUUUUGUCAAUUGAACCUCACUAGUAAAUUUAUAAAUUGCUGUCGCAGUGUCAUCAUGAUAAUCAUUUAGGUUCAGUGUUAACUUUUGAUCACUUUACAGAUAAUCAAAAUAGUUAAUUAACUUUAAUUUACUUUGGGUAAUCAUCUUGAUAAUCUUAAUUGUGAUCAUGAUCUUUUUAAUAUUAUUACUCGCAAUUCCUGCUGAGCUUCAUGGGGCUGAUGAGAAAUCAUUUGAUAUAAAUAAACUUUGGUCUUUUUUCAAGAACGAAUUUCAGAAAACUUAUUAUUCAGAUCGAGAGGAGCGAUUUCGAAUGAACAUUUUCGCUUCUAAUUUGGGAACAAUUAACGCUCAUAAUGAUCGAGCUGAAAAAGGAUUGGAAUCAUUUACCAUGGGAGUUAAUAAGUUCAGUGAUUUGACUUUCGAUGAAUUUUCGUCUAAAUAUCUUGGAGGACGAUUUCGAUCCAAAGGAUUUAGUAGUUGGUUCUUAGGUGGACCAAUAAAUCAUCUUGCCGAUCCCAGUGAAUCUUUGCCCGAUUUUCUUGAUUGGAGAGAAUCAGGAAUCGUUAGUUCGGUCAAGAAUCAGGGUGCUUGUGGUUCAUGUUGGUCAUUUUCGACAGUUUCAUCCCUCGAAUCAGCUUAUAUGAAGAAAACGGGAAAUAAAACCACUUUAAGUGAACAAAAUCUUAUGGACUGUUCGUGGGCUGAAGGUAAUUUAGGCUGUAACGGAGGUUGGAUGUCCGAUGCUUAUCGGACUGUCACUCGACUGGGAGGUAUCAUGAGUGCGGCUGAUUAUCCAUAUGCUGGUCGAGAUUCAAUCUCUUGCAAAUACACCCAAUCCAAAGCAGUAUUAGGAGUUGAAAAUUAUGCCACAGUCGACGGCUUGGCUAAUAUGAAAAGCGCAGUGGCUAAAACAAACGUCGCCGUGGCCAUGGAAGUGGACAACAAAUUUCAACACUACAAGAAUGGAGUCUUUAAAUCAAGUGGGUGUAAGAAUACACCCAAAUCCCUUAAUCACGCUGUGAACCUUGUCGGCUUUGGUAAGGCCGUUAUUCCCGUGAAUACAACUCGAGAUGGUGAAUCGACUGAGGUUGAUUAUUGGCUUUUAAGAAAUAGCUGGAGUAACUCUUGGGGCGAGUCAGGGUAUGCAAGGAUUCAAACAGGUCAGUGUGGUAUUGAAUUUGUUGGAUUCUAUCCGAUAAUCAAGUUAAUCUAAUUUUAAAAUGAGUGACUACACUUGAUGAAUUAAUUAAUUGUUACAAGAAUAAAAAAAAAAGUUUUCCCUUUCGUUA